AUGCAGUAUAUUGACGUUAACGCAGCUACUACUGAUAUUGCAGGCAAUUGCGGCGCUAAUCAGCUUAGCAGCAAUGUUAUUUUAGCAGCACUAAUCUGGUCCUCCAGACACAGGCAAGCGCUGCCUCGUCGUUGGCUGUCUGCUCGACAAGCUCCUCACAUGAACCUGCAGCCAUGCACCAACGCCAGCUCGUGGAGCAUGAUGUGCCCAGUCACACACAGGCCCAGCAGUGCAGGGGCUCCGCACUGCCCGUGCAGUGCAAACUCAGGGAUGCAGAACAGGACGUCGUGCCCAGCGGGUACCUCUAGGACAUGGGUGCGCAUCGAUGCUGGGGCACAUGUGCAUGAUCGCUACCAGCAGUUUUGGACGGUUUUUGGAGGAGCACAAUGCGAGUCUCAGCCUACAUGGCUGCCAGAGCUUGCUGCACUGGAGAGUAAUUGCAAGGCGAUAGCAACUUUGCGUCAUUAUUCCCUCUAUUACCACAUGCACAUCACCACAGCAGAUACAUGUGUAAUUCUUAAGGGGCAUGCAUUCCCUAAUACAAUGUACCUGCAGGUAUGGAGGUCUUUGGUCUACCUUUCAAAGGGAAUGAAGUUGUUUAGUUCUGCAUUUCAGAUGUUUGAGCAUGUGAAUUCACUGCAAAAACUGGUUGCCACAACCUUGGGUGUUCUGAUGCAGCACUCACUGUGCCUUUGGAGAAGUGAGAUGAUAGAGAACUCAAGGUUAGUCCCCAGCUCAUGCAUUGGUCAGCCUAAGAGCGCACUAUCAAUUUAA